AUGCGCGAUAACAAGAGCGAGGUAGUCGGUGACUCGUACGUUGGCUUUGACGAAACCCACCUACACCCGUCUUGGGAUGACACCUUGCGUAAUCCCCGACGGCCAUCACAAUCUCAGGCGUACACUUCAACCGCCUUUCACUUUCCGGGACAGGGUACGGAGAUCGUUCUGCAGAUGCCUACAGUAAACACGGUGCGCAAGUACGUUAAGGAACUCGUAGUGUCUUCGAAGUCCCGUGAAGGCCGUACCUAG